AGCAACCUCUAGAAACCUAGAGUACAAACCACUUCGCUGCUUCUAUGAUGGCAUUAGCCAACUUGAUUCCAGUAGCUAACAUCUGCAGCUGGGGGUUCUGAAAUCUCUGCGCUUUUGGAAGAACGCUGCAAGCAAUUACCAGCAGUACAUACGCCAUGUCCUUAACUGAUAGCUGUGUUAUCCAAUUCUUAAUCACUGCUACUGCGAUACUGCUUCUCUACACGCACGGGAUAAACAAAAUACUUGCAAACAGGAUUUUAAAGUAGGCAGUACAGAACUUCAAAUUAUAAUCGGGCUAUCGCAGCAGAAUUAAAGACUUUCAAUCUUUAUUGACAAGCCGCACAUGCUGGAGAAGACAUAAAACUUCAUCGACCCUCUUUCUGCAUAGAUGCUUUUAGUUCAAUAACUAUUUCUAUACUAUUCUGCCGAGUUUCGACUCCCGGAAGAAUGACAAGGUGUUUCAUGUGGAAUUUCCUGAGACUAGUCUGGUGCUGGGCUUUUGUGGAAGCGCAGGUUGAUUCUGAUUCUGGCAUCACCACAGAGGAACAAAUUUACCAACUCAUUGAUGCCAAGCUGCGGUGUGACCUGAACAUUUCUGCACAGGAUUCUGAAGAUGACUUGUGUCCAGCGGAUUGGGAUGGCCUGGUCUGCUGGCCAGGGGGCUCCCCUGGUGAGGUGACCAGAGUGUCAUGUCCAUCAUACAUCUACGAUUUCAACCACAAAGGCUAUGCUUACCGAAAGUGCGAUGUCAAUGGGUCCUGGGAGUUUGUGGAGAACAACCUAACCUGGCCAAAUUAUUCAGACUGUGCCAAGUUCCUCCACCCUGGCCUGGAAGGGGAAAAAAGGGAUUUCUUUGAACGCCUGUAUAUCCUGUACACUGUAGGGUAUUCAGUGUCAUUCAGCUCCCUCAUGGUUGCCAUUUUCAUCAUUGGCUAUUUCAGGAGGCUGCACUGCACCAGAAACUACAUCCACAUGCACUUGUUUGUAUCCUUCAUGCUGCGUGCCAUCAUCAUCUUCAUCAAAGACAGGGUCGUCCACGCCAACAUCGCUUUGCAGGACUUCGAUUCUGCUGCAAUGGACGACUAUAAAACCCUCUCACUGGCGCUGGUCCUGAACAAAACACAAUACAUUGGGUGCAAGAUUACAGUCCUGCUUUUUAUCUACUUCCUUGCUACCAACUACUACUGGAUACUGGUGGAGGGACUCUACCUUCACAGUCUCAUCUUCAUGGCUUUCCUUUCAGACACUGAGUACCUAUGGGGAUUCACUUUGAUUGGAUGGGGAGUUCCAGCUCUGUUCGUGGCAGCAUGGGCAGUCGUCAGGGCAACGGUGGCUGAUGCACGAUGCUGGGAACUAAGUGCUGGCAACCUGAAAUGGAUUUACCAAGCUCCAAUCCUGACAGCUAUUGGGCUGAAUUUCAUCUUGUUUCUGAACAUUGUUCGGGUUCUGGCCACAAAAAUACGGGAAACAAAUGCUGGAAGAUACGACACGAGGAAACAGUACAGGAAGCUCGCGAAAUCAACACUUGUCCUGGUGCUGGUGUUUGGGGUGCACUAUAUUGUCUUUGUGGGAAUGCCACACACUUUCAAUGGGAUGGGAUGGGAGGUGCGGAUGUACUGUGAGCUUUUCUUCAACUCCUUUCAGGGUUUCUUUGUGUCCAUUAUCUAUUGCUACUGCAACGGAGAGGUUCAGACAGAAAUCAAGAAGACAUGGACCCGCUGGAACCUGGCGCUCGACUGGAAGAGGACCCCCCAGUUCAGCAGCUACCGCUACGGGUCUGUGCUCACCAACCUCAACAACAGCACCAGCAGCCAGUCCCAGCUCGCCCGUGCCUCCCGCACUGCUCUCUUCUCCAGCAGGGUGUACAGGAGCGGACCAUCCAGAGCCAUCAACAGCCACACCACCCUGCCUGGGUAUGUGAUCAGCAACUCGGACCCAGACAGCAUGCCGCCCUCCAUCCCGGAGGAGAGCGACGGGAACGAGGAGAAGCAAGUGGACGACAUCUCCCUGAAGGAGCAGCUCCAGCCCACGAUGAUGAGCAGCAGCUGCGUGGAGGAUGAUGAAGCAGUGCUGUGAGGGCUUCUCCACGUCAGCCCACGGGGCUCUUUACUCUGUCUGAAACCCCUUCUCCGCUCUUUAGUGUCAGUUUGACCACUUUGGACUCAGUGGCUAAUUGAUCAAUUUUUUUUUUUUUUUUAGAAAUACGUUUGUUAUCUAGUGAAAGCACAAUCUCCAAUCCAGCGUCUCAACAAAGCUUGUGUUGUGUGUAAGGGUUACCUGCGGUCCUGCUUUCAGAACUAAUUAAGAAUCAUCAGGCUCUGGCUCCGGCUUCUCAUUGUGGUGAAUCAGUGUGCGCUUUUUCAUUGGCUGCGAGCGUUAACCAGCCCAAUUGCAAACUGUUUGUGAUCCGGUGAAUGCGUGCUGCAGUAUCGACAAAAGGACAUUUUGAAAAAACCGUCAGACAUAGUAAUGCUAUAAUAAUGCUUCAGACUAGUUACGGCUGUGUUUGAUAUUUUCAUGCUGGUACGCUAAUCUGUACAAAUUUUUUUAUUGUACUGAACUUUCACACUAUAAUUCACCAGGGAUAUUACGGGGCAUAUGUUCCAAUGGCACUUUUUGGGGAGUUGCAAAUAAAAAUAACAAUAUUUUAACUGAAUGUUUGAAAGAAAAAGUUUUUAGAAAUGCCAAAUUAAUUUGUAUAUUUUGAUUUAUUAUUAUUAUUAUUAUUAUUAUUAUUAUUAUUAUUAUUAUUAUUAUUAUUAUUAUUAUUAUUAUUAUUAUUAUUAUUAUUAUUAUUAUUAUUAUUAUUAUUAUUAUUAUUAUUAUUAUUAUUAUUAUUAUUAGGGCGGCAGUGUGGAGUAGUGGUUAGGGCUCUGGACUCUUGACUGGAGGGUUGUGGGUUCAAUCCCCAGUGGGGGACACUGCUGUUGUACCCUUGAGCAAGGUACUUUACCUAGAUUGCUCCAGUAAAAAAAAAAAAACUGUAUAAAUGGGUAAUUGUAUGUAAAAUAAUGUGAAAUAAUGUAUAAUGUGAUAUCUUGUAACAAUUGUAAGUCGCCCUGGAUAAGGAAAUAAAUAAAUAAUAAUAUUAGUAGCAGUAGUAGUAGUAGUAGUAGUGGUAAUGAUAGUAUCAAUAGCAGUAGUAAUGGUAUGGAUAUUUGCAUGUUGUGCUAACAUGCCUGACUGUAUAUACCGGAUCCUCUGUGAGGAAGCUUGUAUGAAGGUAGUUUUAGCUUUGCCCCCGAGCCCCGUCUCCUCCUGUAAAAUGCAUUGCACUAUUUGGGCCACAUGUGUCAAUGAUUGUUUACUUGUAAAAAAAAAGAAAGAAAAAAUAUCUAUACAAUUAUUAAUAAAUG